AUGCUGCGCCAGAGUCGAGUCACGCAUGAGGCGGCGCUGUCGCAUCACGCUCAGGCCCCCCAGCACGACCAGCGACACGUGGCCUUUGCCGGUGGCUUCAGCGGUGGUUACAAUGGUGGUUUCGCUCCACCGCAAGCAGUGGCUCCGUCCAUGGCGCCCUGUCCAGUCACCGCGGUGACUGCAGCACCAUGCCACGGCGGCGUCAUGGCGCCGGUGCCGAUGGCGGGGAGCGGCCUGGUGCCAUGUGGCGGCAGUGUACACGGAGGAGAGAGUGGCCACACAUCUCCCGUACGUCGUGCAGCGCCAGCGAUGAUGCCGGCAGGCGCCGCGGUCGUACGUCCCAUGGAAGGGGGGAUGAAGCUGCAGCCGGGCUUGACCCCGUCACCCAACAUCUUCUUGUCCAAUCCGGGGCUACUUCCUCCAGGAUGAGGUGAUCUCGAUCGGAUGCGUUGGAAAAAA